UCGACGAUGCUACGCACUUGCAGUAAUUGUCCUACUGCACUUUGUCGUCGAUAACAGUGCAGUCGGCUAACGACCCUACGAUUUACGUUUUAGCUUUACCGUCUUUACACACAUAUACAGCGCAUCGUCUCGCGUAUUUCUCGCAUUUAUAUAAAUCAAUAUGGCUGUGUUAUGUGUGACGGAUUGACGUUGACAGAAGAGCUGACGUAUUACAGUGUGAAUAGUGAUAACGUUAUUAAUCACCACCUGCGAUGACUGCUAAUUAUUAUUUCGCAAUCGUUGGCCAUGCCGAUAACCCGUUAUUUGAAAUAGAAUUCAACAAUGCCGGGAAAGACGCGAAGAAAGAGGAUCAUUCGCACUUAAAUCAAUUCAUUGCACAUGCAGCACUCGACCUUGUGGAUGAACAUACAUGGAAAACAACAAACAUGCAUUUGAAAGUCGUGGAUAAGUUUAAUCAAUGGUUCGUCAGUGCGUUUGUGACAGCAACUCACAUUCGAUUUAUCAUGGUGCACGAUAGUAAGAAUGAGGAUGGAAUAAAGAAUUUUUUUAACGAAAUGUAUGAAACUUAUAUAAAGUACUCUAUGAAUCCAUUUUACAAGUUAAAUACUCCUAUUAAGUCUGCAGGAUUUGAGAAAAAAGCUCAGUUAUAUGGAAGAAAAUAUUUAUCUUCGUAAAUUUAACAACAGCUCUUAGUAAAAGUUUUGCAAAAAUAAGGCUGUUUAUAAUUUAUGUUUCUAUGCUACAAAAUGCUAUCAUCAAAAAGUCAUUAAAAAUCGUUAAUUAAAAAGUCAUUAACAAGUCAAAAGAGAUAUCCCAUUUAAAUGUGUCUAUUUUUUUCAUUUUUUAUUGUUCAAUAUUGAAUGUUUAUUAAAAAAGUAUA